AUGGCAUCGGCAAUCCUGUGUAUAGGUCCACGAACCGUGGUCCAACGUGGGACUCAUGUGUUGCUUACAAGACACUUCUCUAUCUCUGUGGGCCGCUGUGGCAUCAACAAAGUUGUCUCAUCGGCUGCAGAGGCUUUAAAGGACAUGAAACCAAAUACGACGGUUCUAUGCGGCGGCUUUGGUCUUUGUGGUGUCCCAGACACUCUCAUCAAUGAAGUCCUCAAUAAGCCUGAUGUCACCGGGCUCACAGCUGUUUCCAACAAUGCCGGGACUGACAACUUUGGGCUUGGGAAGCUCUUGAAAAGCAGACAAGUGCGCAAAAUGGUUGCAUCUUAUAUCGGAGAGAAUAAGACGUUCGAGAAGAUGUAUCUUACGGGCGACAUUGAACUGGAACUUACCCCUCAAGGCACUCUUGCAGAACGCUGCGCUGCUGGUGGUAAAGGUAUCCCGGCUUUCUAUACGCCUGCUGGCGUCGGAACCGUUGUUCAAAAUGGCGACCUCCCAUCUCGGAACAAAGCUAUUGGAUCUCCUGGCGAUGCCCAAUUUCCAGAUCCCAAGGACGUCAAGGUAUUCGAUGGCAAGCCAUAUCUGCUUGAACGCAGUAUCUCAGGAGACUAUGCCUUCGUGAAGGCGUUCAAGGCAGAUACACUAGGAAAUUGUCAGUUUCGUCUUGCAGCUCAAAACUUGAACGGUCCAAUGGGCCGCAAUGCUAAGAUGACAAUCGUUGAAGCCGAGCAUAUUGUUGAGCCCGGAGAGAUCUCCCCAGAGUCCGUUUAUCUACCGGGCAUUUAUGUAAAGCGAGUUAUCCAGAGCACUGCAGCGAAAGGGAUCGAGAAAUACACCUGGGACGAGCAAGACGUCAAGACCUUGGGUCAGGGUGAGGUUGCUGCAAAGCGAGAACGCAUCGUCAGACGAGCAGCGAAGGAGUUCAAGAAUGGGAUGUAUGCUAAUCUUGGAAUCGGCAUGCCUAUGCUGGCAGCCUCAUUCGUUGGACCUGAUGUUGAUGUCUAG